UGCAAAAGCAUCUCAGUGUGGAAACUAGUAGGCAGCAGCUGCCAGGCUUGAUUUGUGCCUGUCCUGUGCUUCUCUGAUUCCCUUUUCUCCAUGUAACCAUUUCUCUUUCAAAGGAUGGUUUCUGGCCUUUGGUAGUCUGUGCUUUAUAGACACGCUCCUUCCUUGGAAAUUCUGAGAGAAAAGAGGAGAAAAAAGGGAUUGGGAAAAAAGAAAAAGAAAAAACAAAGGAAGGGGAGAGGAUGGAGAAGGAGAGCAAGGCAUCCACCCAGUAUGGAUCCCUGGAGUCAACUAAGUGGCAAGCAGCAGAAACAGGCAAAGAAGAUGAAAUUGUCUCCAUGGCUGACUCCACUACCACUGUUGACGACAUCGAAGGGGAGCUUUUCAAAAUUGAGAGGAUCCGUGAAGUCCUGGUGCGGAGGGAAUCAGAGCUGAGAUACAUGAUGGAUGAUAUCCAGCUUUGUAAGGAAAUCAGCAGGUUGAAAAAGGAAUUACAGAAACUGAUUGCAUUGCCAGAGAAUAAGAAAUCAAAAGAAGACAAAAAGCAGGAGGAGGAGUUAGUGCAGCAGAUUCACAAACUUGUAGAGACCCGUGAUUUCCUUGUGGAUGAUGUGGAGUUUGAAAGGCUCAGAGAACAAGAAGAAGACAAGGAAAUGGCUGAGUUUUUGAAGAACAAACUCUCCAAAACCUCCGUUCUGAAAACAGCUCCUGCAAAAGAGAAGAAGGUGAUGUCAAGAGGACAGCAAACAUCUACACCGUAUGUAACAAAGACAGGCCUCACCCUUUUGAAGGAGUGUUGUGGCUUUACCUGCUCUGUCAUGUAGGCUGGCACUGUUG